UUGCUGAUUGAUGACGGGACUAUCGGUAUUUGCUAAAAGCAGUCUGCUUCAGACCGUGGCCAACAUGCCAAACGAGAGAGAACGUCAUUGGACUAAGGAAUUUAUUCUGCCAAAACAGUAGCAUGAUCAUCAGUGAUCCGGUAAACUGGCAAUCCACCCCUGACUUCAGUGUGCGCCGACGUCCAAGAUCCCCGCCUUCACCCAUUCUGUAACUUAAUAUUGGAGCUAUUUCAUAUGAAUUGGCGUGCAUUUUGAGAUAGCCACUGUGAGACGAUCCAAUAAUAGCCCUAUAUUGGAACUCAACCCACAGAGACCAAAAAUACCUACACAGCAGUAUACACUCGAAUUUCGUCGAAACUCAAAUGUCAUCAGUUUCGCCGUGCUCAUUGUGAAAAACAGUUGCAUUGUUGCAACUCCUCGUUCUGGAGGUUGACUGGGUGUGCCUUUUUAUAAAUGAAUAUCACGAGGCAGAUAGGAAGGACAACUGGUAUGUUUUAAUAAUUGGCUUUCAUUCACAUGUGAAAUUUCCCACGGUAUAGUGGCUGGCUUGUUAUGCUAUGCUAUUUUGUUGCCUCAUGGUGCAGUCUGGCUGAGUCUGAACACAUUGUUUACAUUUUUGCGCGUGGCUGUCAGUCUACCAUGGUUCCCCAAUCGGUAGCCUGCGGACCAAAUUCGGCUUUCUGACCAUAAAAAACUAUGUAUAGCCUACUAAAUGUAUAUAUUUAACAAUUAUUCCAACUCGUUAAUAUAUAGGCAUAUGUGAUCGUAUCCCAAUGUAAAUCAAAGUUAGAAAGUAUUCUGUUUUUGUCAAAUACUGUAGGCUAUCUAUUUGGGAUUCUUGCGGUCUAUUUGCCGUGUAGUCUACAAAUUCUAACUAUGUUCCGGCCCCCGAACUUCCGCUCAAGGAAAAAUCGGCCCACGGCUGAAUGUAAUUUGGGACUCCUGGUAAACCUUAUUCAGUUGCCAUACCCCGUUAGAGUAUAACGGGGUUACGAUAGGUCUAUGUUCUGUCAAUCUAUUGCCCAUUGCAUGGGUUAGCAGGGUAUGACACAGAAGCAAGUCUGGUUCCCUUGGAAACUGAAUAACGAGAUCAGCAACCACCAUUUUUGAGACGUGAGGCCCCAGUUGAUGGAUUCUGACAUGGACUAUGAGAGGCCAAACGUUGAGACUAUCAAGUGUGUGGUGGUAGGGGACAACGCUGUUGGGAAGACCCGCCUUAUCUGUGCCCGAGCCUGUAAUGCAACACUGACUCAGUACCAAUUGCUUGCUACGCAUGUACCCACUGUCUGGGCCAUAGACCAGUACAGAGUUUGCCAGGAAGUUCUGGAGCGAUCUAGGGAUGUGGUGGAUGAGGUCAGCGUGUCGUUGCGACUCUGGGACACGUUCGGGGACCAUCACAAGGACCGACGAUUUGCAUAUGGAAGGUCAGAUGUGGUGGUUCUAUGUUUCUCCAUCGCCAACCCAAACUCCCUGUACCAUGUGAAGACCAUGUGGUACCCUGAGAUCAAGCACUUUUGCCCCCGGGCUCCAGUCAUCUUGGUGGGCUGCCAGCUGGACCUGCGUUAUGCUGACCUGGAGGCAGUCAACAGGGCACGACGGCCACUAGCAAGACCGAUUAAAUCCAAUGAGAUUUUGCCUCCAGAGAAGGGCCAUGAGGUGGCCAAAGAGCUGGGAGUGCCAUACUACGAGACCAGUGUUGUGGCUCAGUUUGGAGUAAAGGACGUAUUUGAUAACGCCAUCCGAGCCGCCCUAAUCUCACGGCGCCACCUGCAGUUCUGGAAGUCUCACCUGCGCAAUGUGCAGCGACCCCUCCUCCAGGCCCCCUUCCUGCCUCCCAAACCCCCCCCUCCCAUCAUCACUGUACCACCUCCCCCCACCACCACCGAGGAGCAUCCUGACCGUCUUCUAGAGGACCCCCUGUGUUCCGAUGUCAUCCUGGUCCUACAGGAGAAGCAGAGAAUCUUCGCUCACAAGAUCUACUUGGCCACGUCCUCCUCCAAGUUCUAUGACCUCUUCAUCCUGGAUGCCCGACCUGAGGAGUCUGAGCGGCCCACGCGCGCCACCGCUCUGUCUGGCCGCGAGAUGCUGAUGCGGGCUGCAAGCUUCGAUGUGUGUGAGAGCACUGACGAGGGCGACAGGACCAACCUGCGGGCCUGCACCAGUGAUGGAACCCUGAGAGACUCUGAGGGAGGCCGGAGAGGCAGACUGCUGUCUACCUUGAGCAGAGCUUUUGUCAGCAUUCAGGAGGAGCUGGUGGAUGACCCAGUGACCUACAACCCCAGGCCUAUGACCGUGGUGUACAUGGACCAGUCCAUGCAGCUGGGGCCCUUCCGCGCUGUGCUGCGAUACCUGUACACGGGCCAGCUGGACGAGCAUGAGAAGGAGCUGAUGCACAUUGCACACAUUGCUGAGCUGCUGGAGGUCUUUGACCUGCGCAUGAUGGUGGCCAAUAUUCUUAACAACGAGGCCUUCAUGAACCAGGAAAUCACCAAAGCCUUCCAUGUACGACGAACCAACAGAGUCAAAGAGUGCCUGGCCAAAGGCACCUUCUCUGAUGUAGCGUUCAAGCUGGAUGAUGGAACGAUCAUGGCCCAUAAGCCCCUGCUCAUCUCCAGCUGUGACUGGAUGGCAGCUAUGUUUGGGGGGCCCUUUGUGGAGAGCUGCACCAAAGAGGUGCUGUUUCCCAACACAACUCGCAGCUGUAUGAGGGCUGUGCUGGAGUACCUCUACACUGGGCGUUUCUGUUCCCGCACUGACCUGGAUGCCAUGGAGCUCAUUGUUCUCGCCAACCGUCUUUGCCUCCCACACCUGGUUGCACUUACAGAACUCUACACAGUGACAGUAUUGAUGGAGGCUGCUAUGAUGGGGGCUGAUAUUGAUGGAGAUGUGCUGGUGUACCUGGAGAUGGCUCAGUUCCACUGUGCCCAACAGCUAAGUGGCUGGUGCCUUCACCACAUCUGCACCAACUAUAAUAGUGUGUGUCGCAAGUUUCCUCGAGACAUGAAGGCCAAAUCUACAAACAACAAGGACUACUUUGAGAAGCACCGCUGGCCACCAGUGUGGUUCCUGAAGGAGGACGACCACUAUCAAAGAGCACGGAAGGAGCGGGACAAGGAGGACUUCCUGUACCAGAGGAGGCAGUGUAAACGCAAGUGGCUCUUCUGGAACCUUCCCUCUGCCAACUCUUCCUCUUCUGGUUCCAAUGCUGUCAUCUGAUUGGCUCUCAGGGUACAGGCAAGGCCCACUGUGGGGAUGACUUGGGAAAGUGGAGCAUCAGCACUGUUGGCCAGACACUAGGCCCCCUCAUUAAGGCCCUCCUUCAUUUCUCUUUUUGCAUCUGCAGCCAAGCUACACUCUCCCAGGUUUGCAGGGUCAGCUAAAUCAAAUAAUGAACAAAAUGAGCCUCUUUUGCUUUUUGUGUUAGCAUAUCCUGUCACAUUGCAGUGCAGAGACCAUGAAGCUAAAACCUUAAAGCUCAAUGACUUCAACCUUAUGAACAAGGCAAGGUAAAUGCUGGUGCAGGUGACUGCUCAAUAUGGUGUUGAUAUUCCUGCAUACACCACCAGGAGGAGAACGGAGGAAGUUAUGAGAGGGAUUUGCAUCAGGUUACAGAACUGUGAUCCUAAGCUCAUGAUAAACAUUGACUGACUUGAAUUGACAACCAAGUGCUUAUUAGCUGCAACAGACAAAUGGCAAAGACCAAUGACCAGCAAACCAACACAGAAAUCAAGUCUCAGUGAUACAACACUUUGCCUUUAAGUGUUUGUACAAUCUACCAAACCAGGAUGUGUACAGUAAAAUUAUAACCACUCCUCAACCAGAAAUAUCAACAAAAUGCAUUACGUCUACAUUACGAUUAAUCUAUUAAUGUCAUGUAGGGCAUCGUCUUAGACCAUCUUCCCAUUGGAAACCACUUUCUGUACAGAAUUAUGUUUUAAAUAGUGGAGGUUUGACUCCUUUACAGUUAUUACAUAUUUUAAUGUUUGUAUACAACUUGCACAGCUGACGUUGAUAUGAGUGUAUACACGACCAGUGUUCUUGUGAUGCAGGGGUUAAAGUGCUCUGUCACAACGACGGGUUUCCAUCAUAUGGAUGACACAUGAGGUUUGAUAAAUGUAUAGUACCAGUCAAAAGUUUGGACACCUACUCAUUCCUGGGUUUUUCAUUAUUUUUACUAUGUUCUACAUUGUAGAAUAAUAGUGAAGGCAUCAAAACUAUGAAAUAACACACAUGGAAUAAUGUAGUAACCAAAAAAGUGUUAAACAAAUCAAAAUAUAUUUUAUAUUUGUCACGUGUGCACCCUCUCCGGCCUCUAGGUCCCCAGGCUGCUCGUAAUGGCGCACACCUGUCACCAGCAUUACGCGCAUAAUGACACUCACCUGGACUCCAUCACGUCCUUGAUUACCUACUCUAUAUACAUGUCAUUCCCUUUGGUUUCAUGUCGGUUCGUGUUUCUUGUUUUGUUCAUUUAUUUAUUAAAUAUAUUCACUCCCUGAACUUUCUUCCUGACUCUCAGUGUACAACGCUACAAUAUUUGACAUUCUUCAAAGUAGCCACCCUUUGCUUUGACAGCUUUGCACACUCUUGGAAUUCUCUCAACCAGCUUCACCUCGACUGCUUUUCCAACAGUCUUGAAGGAGUUCCCACAUGCUGAGCACUUGUUGGCUGCUUUUCCUUCAGUCUGCGGUCCAACAUCCUAAACCGUCUCAAUAGGGCUGAGGUCGGGUGAUUGUGAAGACCAGGUCAUCUGAUGCUGCGUUCCAUCACCCUCCUGCUUGGCCAAAUAGCCCUUACACAGCCUGGAGGCGUGUUGGGUCCUUGUCCUUGUCCUGUUGAAAAACAAAUGAUAGUCCCACUAAGCACAAACCAGAUGGGAUUGUGUAUCGCUGCAGAAUGCUGUGGUAGCCAUUCAGGU